AUGCCCCUGACAGAAGAGUCUCAGGGAGGGAAGCAAUCCCCUGACCAUGGCCAGGAACCUGCCAAUGAUCAGCCAGAAACCCAUAGAACUCCAAUUGGCUCGCCUGUGCAAGAGGAAACACCCACUGUGGGUGAGACUGGGACGGAUAAAAGUCCCGGCGUAAACUCCGAACCGCCUAAGACGAAGGGCAUCGAGAAUGAUGGGCUACCACAAACAAGCCCAGUCCAGAAUAUCCAGUCGCUGUCGAUCAGGGCAAGUUCCACGCCUAAAGACGACAAUAGAGAUGUCCCAGGCGAUGAUAUUGCAGGCGAGAUAAUCAUCCCUAAGCGAAGCCCUAGACAUGUGAGGGCGAACUCUAUUCUACGGGAUGAGGACUUGCAGAACGAAAUGACCCCUCUACUAGAGAGUGAAGGUUCAGAAUCAUAUGUGGCAUUGGAAGAAGGUCUUCAUCGUCAACUACAGGCAUCCUCGAGAAGUAGAGGAGUAUACGGCUGGUUUACGCGUACUUUCUGUUCUACUCCUUGGUUGUCAUGGCUUGUGCUAACAUUGAUGGUCAUCAUUCUUCUCAUACUUCUUUUGGUGGCUCGAAAUUUGCCCAUGCUUUUAGAUCAGGCUUUCGUGUCUCAGCUUCACAGCGUAUCCGUCUUGGAUAUCAACGAUUCGGGCUUGACUGUCCAUGUUGUGGGCUCUACAUACGUUGAUUACGAAAAUAUCUCCAGCAGGUUCUACGGAAAGGCUCUUAAGGUGAUUGCCCUUUUUAUUGGAGGGGUUACUGUGGUGCCCCAUGAUGCCUCAAGGGUAUUUGUCAGUGGCCAGGGAAUCAAGAGAGCUCAUGCCCUAAACGUUUACCCACCUGAUAUCCUGGUAGAUCUUAUAGAUCACCGUCUUACGGAGUAUGACUUCAUAAGCGAUGCCUUGUUUAUUCAGGAUUCUCUACCUGGUAUUGUUGAGGACCUCAUGAAGCACAACCGUUCUACGCCACUACCGGUUACAGUUGAAAUAGAUUUCACUUCUGAUAUAACAACAAAGUGGCUUCAUUUCAGCACUGGUCUCGUUAACAUUCAUGAGGAUACCAUCAUCAGUCCCGAGAGGAUGGCUUCACCUUUGACGGUGGAAACGAUUGACCUCGACUUACACAACGACGGCGUAGCGCUCAAUGGCACAUUGAUUCUCGAGGCUUUACCCAUGAAACUUGCAUUAGACCUGGUAGACUGGGACGUGGCUAUUGCUGACUGCGAUGGGAAACCAUCUCAUUUGGGAGUUUGGAACUCGGCCCCCUUCACGAUAGCCCCCAACAAACUUACCGUGGUUAACGUGGGCGGAACCAUACCUAGAGUUCCUCAACAUCUCCUCGAGCCUUGUAAGGAUGGACAGACUCCAUUUAACAAGUUCGUGGUUAAGAUAUCGAAUGAAGGGCAUUUGGACGUAUUUAUCCUGGCUGCAAAAACUCUUCAAAAUUCCCAGAACCUUCCUCGUUGGCUCUACAAUAUUCUCACGCUGGUCGAUGUAAAUAUUGAUAUACCAGUUGAAUCACAGGGUGGUUUACUGAUGGGGAAUAUGUUAACAUCGGUAGAAAUCACAUCCAUGGAUGUUGAGUUUCUCAAGGCUUCCUCGGGAGAGCUUCAUUUGAAUACAAGCUGCGAGUUUAAUGCCUCCAUGGUUCUUCCAAUACUCAAGAAUGACUUUGAAGCUAACCUCUCUGAGUGGACUUCCUCUGUGGAUAUCCAUGAUGGAAACGCCACAGUUGGAACUGCGUCAACAGUUUUAAGCAGCGGACUUGCUAUCAAAAGUGAACACGGCAAUACCACAUCGAUUAUUGGUGUAUUGAAGCGAUGGGAGGCAAAAAUUUCUGAUGGUGCCUAUUUCGGCGACUUGUUCAGCGGAUGGAUAAAUGAACAGAAUUCAAAACGAUUACCGUCCCUUGAUGCUGACAUCGAGCAAGUGAAAAUCGAACUGGGGUUUCUCAACACAACCCUAGAGAACCUCUCAAUCAAGAAUAUAAAAUUUGGAAGGGAAUUCGAGUUGGCACAUGAGACGUCCGGCGAGGCAUUCUUCGACUGGCUUUUGAGGGAAAUGAAUAUUAGUAUCCUGACAAUCCAGCUAAUUCAAUCGGGCAAGAGUUGGGUACAUUUUGGAAUUGAAGCUGAAAUAAGCAACCCACUUCCUUUGAACUUACAGUUGAAUGAAGAGCAAUUGGCAUUCGCCUUCUUGUUCGAGGACGUUGAGAUUGGUAAUGUCACUUUUGAUCUGUUAAGUAUACCGCGUACUCUGAAACGAACUCGAGUGCCAGCCCAUAUUAAAGUCAGCUGUUCCAAUUUUGAAGAGAGAAACGCUGCUGAGAAAUUCGUUAGUCUAGUGCUUUCGGGAGCUACGAAUAUUACUGUUGGUGCACACGGCAAAUCAGUUGAUGGGCAUUCUGGUAUUGGCAAAAUGAUGGAACGAAUCCAAAUUCCCGAAAUAGCAUUACCAAGGCUUACUUUCGCUCAUCCGGAAGACGACUCCAGUAAGAGUAAUCAAGAGCUUGCGCAUGGUAGCCCUUUCCUUAUUGAAGCUAUCAUCCAUAUUCUCACUUCCGAAGUCGAGCUACUCGUGUUCAAUCCCGUGACGAAUCAACAGCUUAUAGUGGAUCUUUUGCUGUGUCAGGCCAUUUAUGAAGGGCAAGUUCUAGCAUUUGCUGAUAACGCAGGAGUGAUGCUGAUACCACCAGGCAUUUUCCAUACUAAGCGCAUUCCAUAUAAGGUGGGCUCUGGCAUGGGUGGCGAUAUUCUACGGAGAACCUUGAACGGCGAAUUGCAAGUUAUAGUGAAGUCUGACAUGAUGGUACAAGUUGAUAACUUUACAGGUCAAGUGUUGUUGCAAAUCAAAGGCGUUACAGCUAAGGUAAGGCUUUAA